UUUUAACUGGAAGUGUCUAUAAGUUUGACAAGAAUCGUCACCGUGAGUCCGGUAUUUAUUCUACUUGGACGUUAAAACUUACGAAAAAAUGGUUGACGUGCUGAAUAAAAUAAUAAGCGUAACUUUCUUUUAAAACCGAUUUACUCUUUUGUUCAAUAGGAAUCGAAAUUUACGUUACAAUGGUCUGGUUGAAUAUCUCUGAGCUCAUCCCGUUUCAGCACCACGAACCCGGACAGCGCCAGGACUGUCUGUUGUUCUUCAUCUCUGAAUGUGUGGCAGUUUUUAAUUUAUUUUUAUCUGAACUUAUAUUGAUGUAAAUCGAUGCGUUGACCAACAUCACACUUCGAAUGAUUAAUCCUCUGUCUUUUCAAUAAAUGCAUUAAUGAUGCAAUGAGCCCAAAAAAACUCACAGAGUCGCUGUUCACCAAGACAGCUGUGUCUCUCCUCCCACACUUAAUGUAUGCAGCAUGAGAUCUGUCUGUAAGAAUAUCCGCACAAAAUGGAGUAAGCGUCCGUCGAGGCUGAGAUAGCUUAGAAAAUCCUCCGUUCAGCAGACAUUUACUGUUGAUGAUUGAAAGAUUAAACCUUUAACAAUGGAACACGGAUUAUUUUCAGCUCCUUUUUUAACGUGUUUCGCUGCUCUUAUUCUCUUUGCUCUGAGAACCGUCUGCGAUGAUUUGAGCUACAAUAUUCCGGAAGAAACGAAGCGCCAGUAUGUGAUUGGAAAUAUAGCGAAGGAUCUGAGGAUGGAAGUGAAGCAAUUAUCUGCUCGUAAAGCUCGGAUAGAAACAGAGGACAGCAGCAAACGGUACUGUGAUAUUAAUCUGAAUUCUGGUGAUUUAAUCGUGACAGAGACAAUAGAUCGAGAGGAGCUUUGUGGAUCACAAAUUCCCUGCAUUCUCAGUUAUGAGCUCGUCCUGGAAAACCCUCUUGAAGUGCAUCGUAUAAUUCUUCAAAUUCAAGAUAUAAAUGACAAUACACCGCGAUUUGCAAAUGAGUAUAUAAAAAUUGAAAUCAGAGAAUCAGCAAUUAAAGGUCAGCGAUUUCGUUUAGAUGAGGCGCAUGACACUGAUAUUGGACAAAAUGCCAUUAACAGCUAUUCACUGCAGAGAAAUAGACAUUUUGUUUUAAAUGUUCACGAUAGUGCAGAUGGAGGGAAAUACGCUGAACUCGUGUUGGAAAAGGAGUUGGAUCGCGAGCAGCAGAAGGAGAUAGAUAUGAUACUCACAGCCACUGAUGGUGGUUCACCGCAGAGGUCUGGCACUGCUGUCAUACACAUCACUGUUCUCGAUGCUAAUGAUAAUGUCCCGGUGUUUAGUGAGUCUGUUUAUAAAGUCACUCUGGCUGAAAAUACACCUUCAGGAACAGAAAUAAUCAGAGUGAGUGCAACUGAUGCUGAUGAAGGUCCAAACGGGGAAGUGACCUAUGAAUUUAGUAGAAUGUCAGAUAAAACUGCUAAAUUAUUUUCUAUUAAUAAGGAAUCAGGGCAGAUUGUUGUGAUCGGAGAACUUGAUUAUGAAAAAGACAAAAAGUAUGAAAUGGGAAUUCAAGCUAAAGAUGCAUCUGGAUUGGCAUCAACUGCUAAAAUGAUGAUAGAUAUAACUGAUGUUAAUGAUAAUCCACCUAGAAUCAUCCUGAAAUCUUUGAAUAAUCCAGUAUCUGAAAACUCUGAUCCAGGUACUGAGGUGGGAAUCAUUAAUGUUCAGGACAAAGAUUCAGGAGAAAAUCGUCAGAUUCGUUGUUCUGUUCAGCAAAAUGUUCCUUUCAAACUGAACCCAUCUGUUAAAAACUAUUUCUCUCUGGUAACUACAAAAGCUCUAGACCGAGAGAAAGAAUCUGAUUAUAACAUUACCAUCACAGCCACAGAUGGGGGAUCUCCACCAUUAUCCACCUCCAUGACAAUUCAUUUAUUUGUCUCAGACGUGAAUGACAAUCCUCCUGUAUUUGAGCAGCAGUCCUACAGUGCUUAUAUAAGUGAAAAUAACAAACCAGGCACUUCUGUUUGUUCUGUCAGUGCAAAUGACCCAGACUGGAGACAGAACGGGACUGUACUGUAUUCUCUGGUUCCCAGUGAAGUCAAUGGGGUCCCGGUGUCCUCCUUUCUAUCUAUUAAUGGAGAUACAGGGGUGAUUCACGGUGUGAGAUCAUUUGAUUAUGAACAGUUCAGAAACUUGACUGUCAAAGUCGUUGCCAGAGACAAUGGAUCUCCAGCGCUCAGCAGUAACGUGACUGUCAAAGUCUUCAUAACAGAUGAGAACGAUAACUCUCCACAGAUAUUAUACCCUGUUCCUGAUGGAAAGUCUCUAAUGACUGAAAUGGUCCCUAAAGCGACUCUCUCUGGCUCUCUGGUGUCCAAGGUGAUCGCUGUAGAUGCUGACUCUGGACAGAAUGCAUGGCUGUCCUAUCAGAUUGUCAAAUCUCCUGAUCCUGGACUUUUCUCCAUUGGUCUUCAUAGUGGAGAGAUCAAAACACAGCGAGACAUUUCUGAAUCUGACAAUAUGAAGCAGAACCUCGUUAUUUCAGUGAAGGAUAACGGACAGCCCUCUCUGUCUACAACCUGUGCUGUAAAUCUACUGAUUUCUGACAAUCUUUCUGAAGUUCCUGAACUUAAAGAUAUGACUUAUGAGGACAACUCUAAACUGACGUCUUACUUGAUCAUUGCAUUAGUUUCUGUGUCCACCUUCUUCCUGACGUUCAUCAUACUGAUCGUGGCAGUGAAGUUUUGUCACAGGAGAAAGCCCAGACUGUUGUUUGAUGGAGCAGUAGCUGUUCCCAGCGCCUAUCUUCCUCCUAACUAUGCAGAGGUGGAUGGAGCAGGAACUCUCCGCAGCUCUUACAAUUAUGACGCGUAUCUAACCACAGGCUCGCGCACCAGUGACUUUAAGUUUGUGAACUCGUAUAAUGAAAACACACUUCCUGCCGGUGGGACUCUGAAAAAGGAGCACAAUUUUCAGUUUGGCUCGAGCAUGAUAACACUUGACUUUACACAGAAUGAAGAUGAGGUAAGAGAGGUUUAACUCCUCUUCAAUCUUUAAAUAUUUUUUAUUUACUGGUGUCUUCUUGUCUAACGACGCUGGAGAGAUAUUUAUGAAAACCUUAAACUCCGUUACACUUUUUCGUAUUAUAUCGCUAUCUAUAUUUCCCGGCUUUCAUUUCAAGCUAUCUAUAAAACACAAUACACACAUCUAACGGUGUAAAUUUAAUCUACUAUUGGUACUGCUUUGUAACGAAAAUAAUAUAUUUUUUAUUCAUUUUUCUUUUAGUUAAUGACUAAUUUAUUUGUUUAUUGGAGUAUCUCUCAGACGGGGAGCGGGGAGGGUGUUGAUCCACGAAAUCCACCGCCUUUAUCACACGUCUAUAGAGUCUAUAGAGUU